GGGAUAAGGAAUGUCCCAAAUUGUGACUGCGAGGACUGUAGCGAUGUUAAGGGACCUGUAGGGCAGGUGCUCUUUAAAUCUGCAUGCUGUUGGUGAGCUCCCCGCUGCAGGUCAGUGAAUAAUAGCGGUGCAGCACUGAGGCAUCUGGAGGACGCAGUGAUUUCUCUGCAGUGAUUUUUGUCAGCAUCAGUCCAGACUCCACACACCGAUGGCCGGCCUCAGCUUGCUGUGUGCGAUGCUGCUCUGCACCGCCGUGGCUCAUGCAAAGCCCAUGAUGAGGAAGGAGAGGGUGAUCCAGGACUCUGAGCUGGGCAGGAGGACCCCCGAGGACAACAAGAGCUUCCAGUACGACCACGAGGCCUUUCUGGGGAAAGAGGAGGCCAAAACGUUCGACCAGCUCAGCCCAGAGGAGAGCAAGGACAGACUAGGUAAAAUAGUUGACCGCAUAGACGGCAACGCAGAUGGCUACAUCAACACAGAGGAGCUCAAGACUUGGAUAAAACGUGUCCAGAAGCGUUACGUGUACGAGAAUGUAGCAAAGGUGUGGACAGAUUACGAUCUGAACAAAGACGACAAGAUCUCCUGGGAUGAGUACAAGCAGGCCACUUACGGCUACUAUCUCGCCAACAUAGAAGAGUUUCAGGAGGAGUCAGACCAGUUCAGCUUCAAGAAGAUGCUUCCUCGAGACGAGAGGAGGUUCAAGUCAGCUGAUCUGAAUGGCGAUCUGUUGGCAGACAGAGAGGAGUUCACGUCGUUCCUGCACCCUGAGGAGUUUGAACACAUGAAGAAUAUUGUCAUUCUGGAAACACUCGAGGACAUUGACAAGAACGACGAUGGAUAUGUGGACGAGGACGAGUACAUUGCUGACAUGUUUGCUCAUGAGGACGGGGGUCCGGAGCCAGAGUGGGUAAGAACCGAGAGGGAACAAUUCUCCGACUUCCGGGACUUAAACAAAGACGGAAAGAUGGACCAGGAUGAAAUCCGGGCCUGGAUUAUGCCCCAAGACUACGACCACGCCCAGGCCGAGGCCAGACAUCUGGUGUACGAGUCGGACCAGGACAUGGAUGAGAAGCUGACUAAAGAGGAGAUUCUUGAGAACUGGAACAUGUUUGUGGGAAGUCAGGCCACAAACUACGGAGAGGACCUCACCAGGAACCAUGACGAGCUCUGAGUGUGUGUGUGUGUGUGUGUGUGUGUGUGUGUGUGUGUGUUUGUGCGUGUGUGUAUGUGUGAGAGCGCGCAUGUGGGGAUUGUCGAAACAUGUUUGUCCUCAAAGACAGAAUCAGACUUGUGGACUUCCUCCCAGCAACACUAUCACCACUCCAUCCUUCCACUGAGUGGUGGGACAGACUCGAGGACGGACGCGCGUCGUGUUUCAGUCCUCCAUUUGAUGGCUUUGCUUCUGACAUUCAGGAGCAAAGCCCGACCUGCUGGACUUCCUCUCCGUCAACCGGUGCCUUCCCGCGGCGUCGCAGCAGCAGCCGCCGCUGCUGCAGAGUUUUGAACAAAUGCUUUUAAAAUGAACAGGUCAUUUUCAGAUUCAGGAACGGUUUGCAAAAGCAGUGGUAAUGUGAAAUGUCGGAUCAGAACAUUUAUUGUGUUAAUAUUUAUUUUCAGUUAUCUUUGAAACUAACUUUUAGAGAAAUUCAGUGUUCAGCUAGGUAUCUUUUUUUUUUUUUUUUCUUUUACUGAAAAUACAGUUUUUCCUUUCAAUGUUUCUGUUUACAGUCUUCUGGGAGAGUUUGUUUUUUUAAAUGUUGAUUUGUUUUAAUAAUGAUUGGUAAAUUGAUGUUACACAACAGGGUUUUUUGCACACAUUUGGUUUUAGCAUAGCCUGUGAACAACUUUUUUUUUUUUUCUGUGCUCUGAAUUGCUGUUUUUAGUAAACUUAAGGUCAACAUGUAUGUUUCCAUUUUCAACUUUGCUAAUAUUUAAACUGUUUAUCCAGUUUACAUUUGUUAGGUUUACUUAGAAGUGAUUUUAUUGUUUUUUUU